AUGAGGGGUUUUGAUCUGAUAAACGCGGCUCUACCGGACGAAUUGAUUCUAGAAAUAUUCCGGCAUGUUGAGUCGAAGACGAGCCGGGACGCCUGCUCGCUGGUCUGCAAGCGGUGGCUCAGCCUCGACCGGCUCAGCCGUGAUACAGUCCGCAUCGGUGCCUCCGUUUGCUCCGGCAACUGCGUCAAGCUGCUCAGCAGCCGGUUUCCUAAUAUACUCCGCGUGUCUAUUGACGAGCGGAUAACGGUGCCGGUGCCAGUGCCAGCGCCAGUGCCCGUGCAAUAUAGAAAAAGGCGUCGUGUUAGUCAUGCAUCUACUUCGUCUAACAGGUCUCGCCAUGGGUCUGAUCAAACUGUUUCUGAAUAUGAGGUGAUUGGUGCAAGCUACUUAUCAGACUCCGCACUGGCAGCUGUUGGAGACAAUUUCGUAAAACUCGAAAAGUUGAGCCUUAUAUGGUGUUCUAGUGUAUCGGAUGUAGGGUUAAGAUCAUUGGCUGAGAAAUGUAGAUCUCUUACAACUUUGGAUUUACAGGGCUGCUAUGUCGGAGACAAAGGCUUAACUGCUGUAGGAGAAUGCUGCAAAUCUCUCCAGGAAUUAAAUUUGCGGUUCUGUGAAGGGCUGACUGACACAGGACUGGUGGAGUUGGCUCGAGGUUGCGGCAGGAAUCUGAAGUCACUUGGGGUUGCUGCAUGUGCUAAAAUUACUGAUGUCUCAUUAGAAGCUGUGGGAUCCCACUGCAGAUCUCUUGAAUCUCUUUCAAUGGACUCGGAAACAAUUCAUGAUAAAGGCUUGCUUGCUGUGGUCAAAGGAUGCUCUAGUCUAAAAGUUCUGAAACUACAGUGCUUAAAUAUUACAAAUGAGGCCUUGCAAGCUGUUGGUGUUUUCUGUCUCUCAUUGGAAUUGUUGGCUCUGUACAGCUUCCAGAAAAUCACUGAUAGGAGUAUGUGUGCCAUUGGAAAAGGAUGUAAAAGGUUGAAAAACCUUACAUUGACCGAUUGCUACUUUAUAAGCAACAAGGGUUUAGAUUCUAUAACUGCUGGUUGCUCAGAGCUUAUGCAUAUUGAAGUAAAUGGCUGCCACAAUGUUGGAACUGAUGGACUGAAGUCCAUUGGGAAAAAUUGCGCCCGGCUUUCAGAAUUAGCCUUGCUAUACUGUCAGAGGAUAGCAAAUGAUGGACUUAGUGAAAUUGGUAAAGGAUGCAAAUUCUUGCAAGCUCUUCACUUGGUAGAUUGCUCAGCUGUUGGGGAUGAAUCCAUAUGCAGUAUAGCUAGAGGGUGUAAGAGCCUAAGGAAGCUCCAUAUUCGUCGAUGUUAUGAGGUUGGAAAUAGAGGGAUAAUUGCUGUUGGCCAAAACUGUAAAUUUCUCACAGAUCUCAGCCUGCGAUUCUGUGACAGAAUAGGGGACGAGGCACUGAUAUCAAUUGGCCGAGGCUGUUCAUUACAAUAUUUGAAUGUAAGUGGCUGCCACCAAAUUGGGGAUGCUGGAAUAAUAGCUGUUGCCAGAGGCUGCCCUCAGCUCAGUUACCUGGACGUUAGUGUUCUUCAGAACUUGGGAGAUGGGGCAAUGAUGGAGUUAGGUCGAGGUUGUCCAUUACUGAAAGACUUGGUGAUAUCACAUUGUCGCCAGAUAACAGACGUGGGCCUCGGUCACAUCUCGAGAAAUUGCACACUGCUCGAGUCGUGCCACAUGGUUUACUGCCCAGGCAUCAGGGUAGCUGGGGUCACCACCAUGGUCACUACUUGUGCCCGUUUGAAGAAGGUAUUAGUCGAGAAGUCGAAGGUUAGUGAUCGGACCAAGAGGAGGUCCGGGCCUAUCAUUAAUUACCUUUGUGUUGAGCUUUGA